ACGCGUAAUUUUGAUUGCGUUUUAAACUUACAUUUUAAUUUGUACUUUGUCCAGAGAAACGUAUUAGUUUUACCAGAAAGAUCUAUAUUUUGCACUAGGAGAUUUUUAUAGUGUUUGUAUGAGAGAAAGCCUAGGUUUUUAUUGAUAUUCGAGGAAGAAUAAGAAAUGGCGCGAAAGCGAAGACUGCAAUCAGAUAGCGAAGACGAGCAAGAAGGAGAUCAAGAAAUACCAGAGGAAUCACCCCAGGCCAAGAAAAAGAGAGUUUCAUCAGCUAAGGAUGCAGAUGAGGAUGAGACUAUGGAAGAUAAUUUUAACUGCUCGCAGUUUCCAGAUUUCACCGUGACGACGUCUGAAGCAGAGGUUGGAAUCAUUGAGAAGAUCACUCUAGUGAAUUUCAUGUGUCACACCAUGUUGGAAGUCCCUCUGGGUGCUAAUGUCAACUUCAUCAUAGGAAGAAAUGGAAGUGGUAAAAGUGCUAUAAUGACAGCACUGGUGGUGGGAUUAGGAGGAAAGGCUGCCACGACUAACAGAGGAAAUUCCCUCAAGGGAUUCAUUAAGGAUAAGUGCAGUUAUGCACAGGUAUCAAUCAAGCUACGAAACAGAGGACAUGAUGCAUAUAAAGCUAAAGAAUAUGGACAGUCUAUAACAGUUGAAAGAAGAAUCACUAGUGAUGGCAGUGGCUCUUACAGACUCAAAUCACAUGAUGGUAAAGUUGUUUCUCAGAAAAAGGAUGAGCUCAAUCACAUUCUGGACCAGUUUAAUAUCCAGGUAGAUAACCCAGUAUCUGUGUUGAAUCAAGACACCAGCAGGAACUUUCUGAACUCUUCUGAUCCUAAGGAUAAGUACAAGGUAACAACAUUUAUAAAUGUAGACUAUGAUAAAAGAACUGUGAGGAAUGCUUCAAAUGCUUAAAGUACAACAUGGACACCUUUGGGAGGUUUAAACUGCAGUGUUUGUACAUAAAUGUACAUGACAUGUCUGCGUAUGGUUUGUCCUAUGGAAGGUAGGUUAAGUCUGUAUACGAGCCAAGUGGCCCAUCAGGCCGGAGCUUAUCCCGGUUUCUGCAGCAU